AUGUCCUGCUGGCAUUUUUCUUGUGUCAACAUUUGGAAAAUUUUUGGUCCGGAGGAUUUGCUGAGAGUUCCCGAACUGGGGCGCCUGAUCCGCACUUGCAACCGUGAAGGUCGCUCUAAAACGCGCUCGGCUGUGAAAUCUUCAGGAACCUUCCGCCACGGCCAUCGCCUCAGCCGGAACUUUCCACCACGCCCAUCGCCUCAGCCAGAACAAGCUGAGGCGCUCGAAGCCGAGCGGGAAGCCAUCGUCACAUUGCAAAAACGGAUGAAAUGGACGUGCGCAGAACGAAACGGCCGGCCACUCAUUUGGCGCUGCAGACGCCGGCAAAGAUGA